AUCGAAAAUUGCAUGCGCAAGUUUAAAGCGCAAGGUGGCUUGUAAAGUUCGUGGUCUAGUAGGUCUGUGAGAUUUUCAUAAAAUCAAAGUAAUCGUUGUUAGUUUUUACAUGUAAUAUGUCAUUGAUGUGCGUCACAUAAACGACAGCAUCUGACAGUGACUUUUAAUAACAAAUUAGUCGCCUAGUUCCUACUUUUAUUGAUUCCUCAUAUCAACAAAAAUGUUUACUGGACUCACUAGUCAAGUCUCCUCAUGGAUGGGCAGUGUUAAGGGUGAUCAAGAGGAAAAAGUUCCAACACCUACAGAGGACAGCAAUGCACUUGUUGGUUCUGAGAAGAAAGAAGGAAGUCCAACUAAAGCAAGCGGUGGAGGAAAGCUAGAGAUGUUCUCAAAUGUGAAAAACAAGGUUGAGGGUAUAGGAGGUUGGUUGGGAUCCAGUAUUCCAAAAUUAAGAAAGUCAGACACCGAGAAUCCUACUGAUGGUCAGGAGCAACCGCCUAUUGCAGAAACUUCAGAACCUCACAGUUCAGAAGUCCACGCCCCCAAAGACGAUGAUGAUAAUUCAAGUGCUACCGGGGGAGCUGACUCUGGACCCCAGUCUGCUGCUGAGUCUCCCACUGAAGAUAAAGAUAGUCAAUUCGUAAACGUACAAACUAAAGCUUUAGCAGGCGCUAAAUCGUUUGGUAGUUUUCUUUAUUCUGCUGUAAAUAAAGCUGGUAAAACCGUGAGCGAGGCAAGUGCGAAGAUAAAAGAAUCAGUCGAGAAGAAUAGCAUAUUAGGAGAGUUCAACAGAGAACAAGAAGCGUUCAUGAAAUCUCAGAAUGAAAACUCUGCCUCACCAUUGCCCCCAUGGGUAGGUUGUGCUAAUGAAGAGGCCCUCAAGGAUGAAUGCCUCAGUUUGUCCAUGGACCGUAGAAAUUUCGUUCGUAGUCCACCAGCUGGUGUAGACUUCCAGUUCGACUACCAAGUGUCGUACCCAAUUGCCAUGGCGAUAAUGGAACAAGACCCCAACCUGGAGAAAAUGCGUUACGAACUUGUGCCUAAAGUAAUUUUAGAAGAAGAUUUCUGGAGGAAUUAUUUUUAUCGUGUAAGCCUAAUUUGUCAAGCCAAUGAAUUAUCUUUUAUGUCGAGAGAAGGAGAUAGUCAAUCUGCUACUGAAACUUACACCUCUGAUCCACUCAUAGAUGAUAGUACAAAAAAAGAUAUGCAUGAAUUUGUAUCUGACACCCUUCAAGCCAGUAGUGAAGAUUUAAAUGAAGUACGUGAAGGAAUGAAAAAAUUAGCUUUAGGAUCAAAGAACAAUGAAGAAGAAUGGGAGAAAGAGCUAGAGGCUGAGCUCCAAGAUUACGAGAUGGUCAGUGAGCAGAAAUCAACCAAUUCCAAGAGCGACAACUGGGAACAAGAGAUAGAAGAAAUGCUUCAGGACGAGACUGAUUUGAAGUGA